GGACUGGGGACGCUGUUCGUCCUGAUCGGUGCCGUGGGCAUCUUGGGCAACAGUCUUGUCAUGGUGGCCGUCUUGAGUGAGCGAAAGAUGAGAACAUCAGUCACCAAUCUGCUCAUUACCAACCUCGCCUUUGCCGACCUGCUCAUCAUGUUGUUGGGAAUCCCCGAGAUUGUACAGUUCAUGUUAAACAGGGGAUGGUUGUUGCCGUCGUUGUUGUGCAAACUCAACCGUUACGUGCUGGUCAUCUCUCUUUAUGCUUCCGUCCUCAUCCUGGUGGCAGUCAGCAUCGAGAGAUACAUCGCAAUUAUAGAGCCGAUAAAGACUCAUAUCUUCUGUAGCCGUCGCCGAUUGGGACUCGUCCUUUGCCUCGUCUGGCCCACCGCUCUGCUGGCCGGACUCCCCACCCUCCUGUUUAACAGGGUUGUCGCCAGUGCUCCGGGACACGCGGUUCGAUUCUGUAUGAUCAGAUUCCCGAUGAAUCACGACAAGAACUUCCUGGUGUUCAAGUACAGCGAGUUCGUGCUGUUUUACCUCCUCCCCAUGUGUGUUCAGAUUAUUCUCUACGUCAUCAUCACCAGGCGCUUGUUUCUGGGCUCAGACAAAUUACACCGGCGACUGACGGUGAGAACGGAAGAGGGUCAGGAGAGAGAGCGGCCUUCAGACGCGAUCAGAGCGAGACAGGGCGUGGUCAAAAUGCUUAUCGCCAGUGUGACCAUCUACUUCAUCAGCUAUUCUCCACAACACGCCAUGCUCUUCUACAACACCUUCUCCCCCCAGCAUUUCCACAGAACUUGGCCGUUCUUGGUGACGGUAAUGAUCAUCGCUUACAUUAACUCGGCCAUUAAUCCGAUCCUUUACGGAAUCUUCAGCCAGAAUUUCCGUCACACGUUCAAGAAGCUGCUGUGGCGCUGGUUCCCCAGUCGACGGCGGCGGGAUAGGAGACGACAGUCCACCCUCAGCCACUCCGGCUCCAGACUCUACCGUCUCACCAGUGUCCGCACGGCCCAGUCAGAACUGUAG